CGAGCUUACCUUCACGGACACAGGCGGGUGACGACAUCAGGUCACGUGACAUAAACCCGGAACAGGGGCAUGUUUCAUGUUACUAAACAGUACAUGUGACUGUUUGUUUUGUUGUAUUCAUGUUGUUGUUUGUAUGUUUGUAUUCAUGUUGUUUGUGCUGAGUCAUGCUUCCUGCUGUGGCGGCCUAUUACUUGCCCUGGGAGCUGCAGUGUGCGGUGCAAGAAGGAGAGUCGGUGCGUACAUUUGGCAGACUGACCUGCUAUGAGCAAGACAAGUCCACGGCUACACUCACAGCUCAGCAUGCUUCCAAAGACCACCAUGUUGUCAUCAAUACCUCGCUUGUGGAACCCUUUCAUCCCAUAAUUGGAGCCCAGUAUUUGGUUGUGGGUGAGACAGAAACAGCUGCUGGGGUUGACAUGAUGGUGCGGGCUCGUGUGCUCAACUGCGUGGAUGGUGUAAACAUCCCUCGACUCCAGAAAGCCAUCUUGGAGCAGAGAAGCUUCUUUAAAGAAAGGGAGGGCCAACAGAAUGCAACUUGAGUUGCAAAAUAUCCUGUAGGCCAUUUCAUGGAUGGCCAAGCAAGUUCUUCUAUUUCAUACAUAAAUACUAAUAUCUGGAUGUGACACUGAUAGUUAUUAUUUGUUGUAAGUUGAUCUUUUUUUGUUUUCUUUCUUGUAAAUGUCAAUAUAAUGUUAUGCAGAGGUGUACUUAUAACAAUUUUAUAGACAAAUAG